GCGUGGUCACGUGACCCCGGGAGCGCCGGUUCCGGUGAAGGCGGUGGAUCCUUCCUGCGUGGAGGCGGCAGAUCCCAGAGGUUCCUCUGACCCGGUACUAGCUCCAUCCUUGGCGCGGUAACCAUGGCAACAGGCUACGAGGAGAGCGCGUCCGGGACCCCAGCCCGGAUAGCUGUCGGGGAGGAAGGUGAGCGUGUCAAACCUUUCACGCCAGAGAAAGCGAAAGAAAUUAUAAUGUCUCUCCAGCAGCCUGCCAUCUUCUGUAACAUGGUGUUUGAUUGGCCAGCACAGCACUGGACUGCGAAACACCUUUCCGAGGUCCUGCAAGCCAAGCAGAUGCGAUUCAGAAUGGGCCUGAGAAGCACGGGUACAGUUCCUCAGUUUGAAACUGCUUGUAGUUACGUGGACGCUACCCUUGAGGAGUUUCUGACCUGGAACUGUGACCAGUCUAGUGUCCCUGGACCAUUUAAAGAGUAUGACCAUUCCAAAUUCUGGGCCUAUGCUGACUAUAAAUACUUUGUCAAUCUGUUUGGAGACAAGACAGAUAUUUUCCGGGAGGUGAUGUGGUCUGACUUUGGGUUUCCCGGAAGAAAUGGACAGGAGAGUACACUGUGGAUUGGCUCCCUAGGAGCCCACACCCCCUGCCAUCUGGAUUCCUACGGUUGCAACUUAGUGUUCCAGGUACAAGGAAGGAAAAGAUGGCAUCUCUUCCCUCCUGAAGAUACGCCUUUCCUUUAUCCAACCAGAAUCCCUUACGAAGAGUCCAGUGUGUUCAGUAAAAUCAAUGUUGUCAACCCUGAUUUAAAGCGUUUCCCUCAGUUCCAGAAAGCUCGAAGACAUAUGGUCACGCUGAGCCCAGGACAGGUUCUGUUUGUCCCCAGACACUGGUGGCAUUACGUGGAAUCCAUUGACCCUGUCACCGUCAGUAUAAACUCCUGGAUUGAGCUGGAAGAGGACCACCUAGCCCGGGUGGAAGAGGCAGUCACCCGCAUGCUCGUGUGUGCCCUGAAGACGGCAGAGGACCCACACCACCCUAGAGCCUGGCUGAACCCCACUGAGGUUGAAGAAAUCUCUCAUGAAGUCAAUUGCUGCUACUUAAAUGAUGCUGUUUGUGCUUUUUUUGACCAUCGUGGAAAAGCUGAAGACGCAGAAAUGCAAGCACUUGGAGCAAACGGGGAGAUCUGGAGCCAGGAUGAGCCACGUGUGCGGGAGCACAUGGACGUGGACCGAGCACACAGCCAGGGCCUCACGGGGAGGACUGGGAAACGGGAAGUCACAAGUCUGUUUGGCCCAGAUCUGGUCCCUGUGACACCAGCAUCUGAAGACCCGCCUUCGGAGAGAGGAGGCACACUGGAGAGUGACAGCAGAGAACGUAUCAACAGAGACGGAGAACGCUGUGCAGAACCGUCCUGUGCCAGGAGGCAACAGACUAGUAGAGGGGCAGGUGCGGUGGCCGAGCAGGUCACCUCCAGGUGUCCCGUGGCCCCUUCUCGAACAUUCGUGUCCACAGAUGACUUGCUGGACUGCUUGGUGAAUCCACAAGUCACCAGGAUGGUGGCCCAGCUUUUGAUACAAGGGAAAAGUUUGUGAUACUAAUAGAUUACUUUUAAUAAAAUUUUAAACAUAUUUUUAGAA